AUGAGCGCCCAGUGGCCAACUGUUGGCACCGACGCUCCCCCUCGCCCAGCACUGCCUCCCGGCACGGUUGCACAGGCAAACGGCGCGCCGGCACCGACAGCACCCACCACCCUUACCCCAGCCGCGGCCGCCCAGCUCCAAGCGCGCAUCCUCGCCGCCCAGGCGGCCAGCAACGGCGUCGACCAGAAACCGAUCAUCAUGUCCAACGGUGUCGUCGCCCCAAGCGCGCUGGCCGCGCCCCAGGGUAGCAUCAACCCGCUCAGCCUGGCCCCAAGGCCACAACCACCAGUCGCGGUUCCCUUGCCCUCGCCGACUGUCAACCAGAAUGGUAAACGAGAGCUGUCGCCGGAUCGCGCGGUGGGGAUGCCACCGCAGAAGACGAUCAAGUCGACGCAUGGCGAGGACGUGAAGCCGGUUGUGACUCCUCCGACACCAGCAGCGGUCGUCACCCCGACAGUCAUUACGCCCACCGUCGCGAUGACUGCUCCCCAAGCAGCUAUGCCUGUUGCUGCGCCUGUUGCUGCUCCUGUUGCUGCCCCUGUUGCUGCUCCAGUCGCUGCUCCAGUGGCUGUUCCCGUUGCUGCCCCAAUGGCCAUCCCCGUCGCUGCCCCCGUGGCCAUCCCCGUCGCUGCCCCAGUGACUAUUCCCGUUGCUCCAGCACCAGCACCUGCACCCUCACCUCUCCCGGCGCCUGUCCCAGUCGCGGCGCCACCAGCUGCGCAAGCUCCAACCCCCGCCGCUGUGACCCCAGCUGCUGCGUCCCCCGCGCCGCCAGCUACACCAGCGACUGCAACUCCUACGCCGGCUCCAAGCUCGGCUGCUCCCGCCGGAAGUGCAGCUGCGCGGUUACCAAUGGGUCGCGGACAGGGCAUUGACCUGAGGGCCGAAGAGGAGGCCGCACGGCGCGCGUUUGCGCGCAGUGCCGUUGGCAACGUUCGCUUUGCUGGCAAUGCCAGCCGUGCGCGACAAACGGACCUGUUUGGAGAGCCCGUUCUCCGUGCGCGUCUGAAUCAGAUCGCUCAACAGCACGGAAUGACGGUUGACGACGAGGCCAUGCGAUACCUCGCGCUCGCUGCUGAGAUUCGCGUGCGCGCGCUUCUCUCCUCUGCUGCCAGAGCGCAGCACCACCGCGUCUCGUCGACGCACGCGCACAAGCCGCCAAUGUCCAAGGCGUCGGGAUCCAAGCCGGCCAAGCCCCUGUGGAGCCAGAAGAUCACGUCGGACCCGCACGCGGUGAUGGCCGCGCUGGCGAACGCGAACCGCGACGAGAACAAGGCGCACCGCGUUGCGCGGACGGAGCGAAACGCGCGCGAGACCGAGAUGGCGCGUGCCGAGGCCGUCCAGAGGGAGAGGGAACGCGAGCGAGAUGGAGGCAGCCCACCGCCAGCAGCAGAGGCACCAGCGGCGGCGGCGGCGAGCGGCGAGCCAGCGAGCGAGUCGGACGGCCCGACAACUUCGCCCGCACCAGCCAAGCCCAAGGAGCCGACAUUCCAGUCCGCGCCGACGUUUGGUGCCGCGCCAGUCGCCAAGAAGUCUGGCAAGGGCAAAAAGGCCGCGAGCAACGUGUCGGCCGACAUGCAGGCCAAGAUGACAAACGCGACGGCCAUGAUGGCGGCAGGUGGACGAAAGCGAUACGCAUGGGAGACGGGCGCGAUGAGCGGCGCGUUCCGGCCUCAAGUCUCGAGCCUGCUGUCUGGCAAGCGGAAGAAGGGUGGGGAGGAGGACGAGCAGAAGGAGGAAAGUGGUGCUGGCGAUGGUGCCGGCGAUGGUUCUGCCGCGGCGGCGGCCCCAGCCGAGGAGGCCCCGCGUCCGCCCAAGCGUCCCAAACGCUCCGUCACGGGCCCCCAUCGCCGCCAGGUGGACAUUGAAACGGCCGGCGACAAGAAGGGCCGCGACGAUACAGCUCUCACGGCCGUGGACGUGCUGUUUGCGCUCGAGCACGAGGGAAGCGGUAGGGGUAUGGGCACCGCCGACGAGAUUAUCCAGCGCGUGAAUUCGCGCCCCGGUGGGCCGUAUGGCAAGUGGUAG